GACCCUACGCCGAAGAGAGAAAAGAGAAGGGAGCAGAGCUGCUGCCCGAACGCCGGGAAAAAGGUUGUCGCCGCCGCCACUCCAGCGUUGCUGCUCCGCCGUCACUGGGAAGCUGACCGACGUCGCUGCUUCGCCGUCACCGGAAAACAGCCCCGCCACUGUUCGCUUGGUCAUUGGUUCAAUUCGUCAAUUUGUUUUAAUUCGUCAAUUAAUCGAGGUAACAUGAAUGUUGAAUAAAGAACUAUCCUGGAGGGCAGCGAGGGCAGAGAGGUGGAUGGAUGCUAGCUGGAGGAGUUUAUUAUUUAAUACUUAAGUUUGAAUUAAUUAUGUUUUUAAGGGCAAGAACCCAAAGUUGUAUUUUGAUUAAAUACUUAAAGGCUUCUGCACCAUUUUGUGAACUCCGAUGGAUAUUUAAAUAAUGUUUUGAAUUAAAUGUUUUAAAUUGUUUUGAAAAAUUAUUGUGUCUGAAUGCCAAUCUAGUAGCAACCCGAUCCGCUGGUCCUUAUAUUCGGGUACAUUGGACAUAUUUUGGAGUCCAUGGGUGCUGCUUCUGAAGGAAAGAAGUAUAAUGCCAGGUAUUGGCUAUACUAUCUAUCUUCCAAAGGGGAAAAUAGAGCUGACACUAACGCAACUGCAGAGGAAAGUUCUUCAGAAAAUGUCCAUAUCAUGAGUCUGAAGAAGUCAUUUGGAAAAGAAGUUCACAACCAAAGCCCUCAAAAACUUGAAAAAGAAGUUCAUCAAGUCCAUAGUCUUCCAAACUCCUCACCACAAUCUCAAACAGAUGAUGCUGAUAACCAAUUCUGGCAGCUCUACUAUGACUGGAGAGCUUGGAAGGUUGGAAAUUCAGCAGAGCAGUUGUUGGGAUGGGAUCAACAAUUGAAGAAUGAAAAGAUCAUCAAGAAGUGCUUGGGACUGCCAGUCAACCACAGCUGUGAACAAAUCUUAGAUGAUGACUGGGUAUGGCAAAGGAACUAUGAAGACUUGCAUUUGGAAUACUUGGCCACCACACCAGUUUCAGAAUUUGAAGUGGAUGAUGAAGAUCCUUCAGUCUACAAGCCGAUCUUCUCAAAAGCCACAGAAGAUCAGAUGAUUCUCACUUCUGAAGCACAAGCUGAUUUGGAAACAACAGCUAAGGAUUUCCCAAUCUUUCUGGAAACCUCACCUGCCUUUGUAACGGUUCUGCCUGAAGCUGACCAAGAGAAUGUAGCCUCUACUCCACUAGAACAGAACCAAGAAGCAUCAGAAGAAGAAAUUCAACAACCUCUCCAAUCUCAAGUCCUUGAGAUUCGCACAACUCCUUGUGAGAUCUCUAACCAGCCUGAACUUGAGAUCCCGGAGAAGUCAGGAGAAAUUCUGGAGCAGUCCACUCCUCUAGAAAUGAAUGAAGUCCAAGAGAAGCAAGCUGUAGAAAUCCAAAGGAAUUCUACAGAAACUGAAAAGGAAGUUCAAAUGGCACCACUGGAGGCCCCUGAAACUCCAGUAGCUGUUUUUGAAGAGCAGAAUGAAGGCGAAGAAAGAGACUCCCUCUCUAGGGAUAUAUCAAAUUUUAUACUUGAUGAAGCAGAGGAAGAAUCUGAAAGGACGCUAAGGAUCAUUGAUGAAGAAGAUGUUCAAGAAGAUGUUGAAUCUCUUCCUAUGCAACUCUUCCAAAGAACAUCCUCUUCUCACCAGGUAACCAACUUUCAUUUCCACAGCUCUUCCAUUCCUACACUUCCGGAUGAAGUACCGGAAACCUGGACAAAAAAGGUCCAAGUGUUGAUUGAAUCAGCCCUAGCAUCUCAGCAUGCCUCCUUUAGGCAAGAGAUAGAGCAGAUGGAAGCCAUGCACAACAAGCUGAUUGAGAAAUCUGAAGAGAAACACAGCUCAGAUCUCAAGGAGAUAAGCAAGUCAGGGCACAAGACUCUAGAGAUCAUCUCUCUAUUGAGUAACUCUCUGAGCGACACAAUGGAAACAUAUGCAUCUGACAGUUAUCUUCAACUCAAAGAAGUCAAUAAAAUCAGAGAGCAAAUAGCCAAUGUCACAGUUAGUCUACAGAAGCAGAUGUCCCUUCUCCAAAUGGACAUCAGAGCAGCCCUAGCAGUGUCUUCAGCAAAUCAGGUUGUAACCAAAGACUACUUGAAGAUUAUUAUUGACAAUCAAAAAGAAGCACACAGACUGUUCAGACACUUUAGCACAAGCUCUGGCAACUGCAAGAUGGAAGUGAUUCUUCAACAACACAGUCCAUCCUUGAUUCCAGAGCUCCCUAUUACAGUCAAGGAAGGAGAAGUCUCUUAUAUUCCUUCGCAUCUGAACAUGACUGACCUGAUCCUCGAAGCUCAGAGAAAUAAUCCAGAGAACUCAGCACAGCAUCUAUCUAGCUCAGAACUGGAUGGAACAGAGGCUAUUGGAACCAUUGUCUCCCAUUUCUCAAAUGAUGCCCAAACAGAGGAGAGACGCAACAACAUAAGGCGCAUCAAAGAACUGUGUGGAAACAUGCAAGGCAUUAGUGAGAUUGCCGGAUCAUCAAAGCGCAGGAAGCAGUAAAGGCUUUUUUCAUCAAACCAGGGGAAAGUAUGUGAAAACACUAUUUUGCUUUGAUGAAAACACAUUCUUGUUUAAACAUUGCUUGUUUGGAUUAAACAUUGCUUCAAUGUUUCUCUUAAUAUGCUUACAAUGCUUCACUUUAAGUGUGAUUCUUGAGAUUUGUCCUUAAGCGCAUACAUUCAGGGGG